AUGUACUCCGACUGUCCCAGUCCUUGUCAAGCCACUUGUGAUAACCCAGAUACUAACCAGCCCUGUGUAAGAAAAUGUCUACCAAGUGGUUGUGUAUGCAAACCUGGAUUUAUUCGAAAAGAAAAGAACGGAAAAUGUAUCGAACAAUCGAGUUGUCCAGUGGAUUAUGGAUGCAAUGGUGAUAGAAAUGCAACAGAAACUGAAUGUGGCAGUGGAUGUCCAACGACGUGUGUGAAUCGAUUUAGAAAAAAUAGGAUUGUCUGUCCAGCUGUAUGUCGAUCUGGCUGUUCAUGUAAACCAGGAUACAUUCUUACUGAUGUAGGAGGAGUUUGCGUUAAGCCUAAGGAUUGUCCAGUUCCAGAACCUGUAGGUUGCAAUGGUGAUCCAAACGCAGUAUCCAGCGAUUGUCCAAGUGCCUGUGAACCGACCUGUGACAAUCCCGACUCUAGCCAACCAUGUAUUUUGAUGUGCAUGCCUAAAGGAUGUGUCUGUAAAAAAGGCUUUGUUCGUGGAAGUGACGGAAAAUGUGUGAAAGUGGAAGAAUGUCCAGUUGGAUGCGGUGGUGAUCGUAACGCGACAUCAAGGGAUUGUCCAAGUCCAUGCCCCUUAACUUGCGCUGAUCAGAACAGAAAUAAACCUUGUCCAGCUAUCUGUCUACCUAGAGGCUGCGAUUGCAAUGAAGGUUAUGUACUGACCGAAGUUGGCGGAAAAUGUAUAAAGCCUGAAGAUUGUCCAGCUGAGCCUCAAUGCAAUGGAGAUCGCAAUGCAACGUUCAAGGAGUGCCCAAGCGCAUGUCAAGCUACUUGUGACAAUCCUGACUCUGAUCAACCAUGUAUAGACGUGUGUAAUCCAGAUGGUUGUGUGUGCAAGCAAGGAUAUCUUCGGAUCGAAGAAGAUGGUGAAUGUGUUCAGCCGGGUGACUGUCCAGGAGGAUCACCAACAUGUGGUGCCAACGAAACCUAUGUAUACUGUAAAGUGGGUUGUCCAACUAACUAUUGUCCUACCGAUGACAGUCGGGCUAUUGUCGCAUGUGACCCUAUUUUCCCUUGCCCAGGAGGUUGUUCUUGCAAACAAGGCUAUUUGUUGCGUAGUAGUGAUGAUGAGACGUGUAUCAAGUCUUCUGAAUGUCCUCCAGUUGAAUGUACAAGACCUAAUGAGGUAUGGGAACCUAAUCCUAUAAGCUGUUCUUCUGAGCGAUGUGAAGAUAGAGGUAUACCAUGCGACUUCCCAUACCCUGUUCCACCAAGAUGUGUCUGCAUGGACGGGUUCUAUAGAAACGGAGAUGAUGUUUGUGUACUUGAAUCUGAAUGUCCCAAGACAGCCUGCAAAGGUGAUGCGAAUGCUACAUAUUCGGAAUGUCCCAGUCCUUGUCAGCCUACGUGUGAUGACCCCGACACUGGAGACGUUUGCAUAACUGUAUGUGAUGACCCUGGAUGCGUGUGCAACGAUGACUUCAUUUUGUCUGAACCUGGCGGUGUUUGCAUUAGUCCUUACGAUUGUCCAGGUGGAUCUCCAAAAUGUGGUGUAAACGAAACCUAUGCCUCUUGCAAAGUGGGAUGUCCCUCUGAUUAUUGUCCAAAAGAUGACAGCCUAGCUACUGUCAUAUGUGACCCUGCAUUCCCAUGUCCUGGUGGUUGUGUAUGCAAAAGAGGUUAUAUAAGGCUCAGCGAAGAAGACAAUAGAUGCGUCUUGUCUUCUGAAUGUCCACCCGUCGAAUGUACCAGAGAAAAUGAAGAAUGGAAUACCAACCCUCCAAGUUGUUCUGCCGAUAGAUGCGAGUAUAAGGAUGUACCAUGUGACUUUCCCAUACCUCUUCCACCGAAAUGCACUUGCAUUGAAGGAUACUACAGAAAUAACAACGAUGUUUGUGUCCCAGAAUCAGAAUGCCCUACACAAACAUGCAAUGGUGAUCAAAAUGCAACAUUUUCUGAUUGUCCCAGUCCAUGUAAACCAACUUGCGAUAGCCCGGACUCUGAUGUUAUAUGCAUUGACAUGUGUGAUAAUCCUGGUUGUGUGUGCAAUGAAGGAUUCCUUUUCACUGAACUCGGUGGCAGCUGUAUUAAUCCCUAUGAUUGUCCAGGAGGAUCUCCACAAUGUCCUACAAACAAAACCUAUACUAGUUGCAAGAUUGAUUGUCCAAUGAGGUACUGCCCUACAGACGUGAAUGAGACUCCAAGGAUCUGUGAUCCAUUAUGGCCGUGUCCUUCUGGCUGUGAAUGUGUACCUGGAUAUUUGAUGUUGAAUUCUAUUGAUCAAACGUGUGUCUCAGCUUCUGACUGUCCUCCCUUGGAAUGCACCGGUGAAAACGAAGAGUGGAACCGAAGUCCUCCAGAUUGUGACUUCGACAGCUGCGAGAAUGUAAACAGCGCCUGUAAUAGUAUUCUCCCUGGCCGACCACGGUGCGCCUGUAAGGAAGGUUAUUGCAAGAAUCAGGACGGUGUGUGCGUACCUGUGCCAACCGAAGAUUGCCCUAAGCUGAACUGCGGUUACAAUGAAGUAGAAGUUCCCUGCAGACAGAUAUGUCCUCCACAAAAUUGUGAGAUUGCCUACACCGAUUAUGCUUGUACCAAUGAAACUGAGAUCUGUGAAAGGGGUUGCGACUGCCUUCCCGACCACCUUAGGAAUGGCAGCGGAAUUUGCAUACCGAAUGACAAAUGCCCUUAUCCGUCUACCCCCGUCUGUGGGAUUAAUGAAAUUGCCAGAGAUUGCAGACGUAUUUGCCCUCCACAGUCUUGUUUGAGCAAGUAUGCCUUAUUCCGUUGUGCAGAAAACAUUACUUGUGAACCUGGAUGUGACUGUGUCGCUAAUUACCUGAGGGAUGAUAGUGGAAAAUGUAUACCGAGCGAAAAGUGUCCAGCCCCAUGUGAUGUUCCUGAUCAGUGUAAGCGAACUUGUGCCGUGCCAAAUCCAGAAAAUUGUGACAAUACUCGUCCAGAAGAAAAUGUAGACGGCUGCAGUUGUAAAAGUGGUUACGUCCUCUCAGAAAUAGGAGGCGAAUGUAUACCAAUUGAGGAUUGUCCAACUAAUGAAAGCUGCAAUGGUGAUCCAAAAGCAAUAAUAAAACAAUGUCCACGGCCUUGUCCGGCUACCUGCAGUUCACCAAAUGCUUUCCCCUGCAAGAGAAUGUGUCUAGAAGUUGGCUGUGAAUGCAAACCUGGAUACCUCAAGCUAAAUGGAACAGGUCCAUGCGUUCUACCGAACAAAUGUCCUGGUGGAAACCCAUGCGGUAAAAGUGGUCGUUUCGUUGACUGUAAAGUGGACUGUCCAAAUAGCUACUGUCCAAAAGAUGACAGCAGGGAUAUAACCUUCUGUGACCCUCCAGCAGGCUCCUGCUUGCCUGGUUGCAUUUGCAAUUUGAACCAUAAAAAGAGAAGCUAUGAAGAUCCAACGUGCAUCGUAUCGUCUGAUUGUCCUCCAGUAAACUGCACAAGGCCUUACGAAGUCUGGGACUCCUGCCCAUCGGCGUGUCUUGCAGAAAGUUGUGAGGAUGCUGAUAGGCAACCGACUGUGUGUAAUACUUUGGUCUUGAACUGUGAACCACGUUGUGUGUGUAAGAAGAAGCACUUUAGAAACUCCUCAGGAAUAUGUGUUCCUGUUAACAAAUGUUGA